CAAACAAAUUCAUUCUGUGUGUGUUAUUUUUUGAAAUACAGAUAAUAGCAUCCUUCAUAUUGGACCGGACCAACUUCUCAAUAUAUUCACACACACACAUAGAAUCUGAGUCUAUAUAUAUCAAGCAUUUGGGGAGAUAAUAACAACUCAGAAAUCCGACAGAAAUGAAGGCAAAUGCGUCGUUUAGCAUUCUGGUGCUGGUGGUGCUAACGUGCGCGCCGCGGUGCAUAAUGUCGCAGCAGCAGCGGCGAGUGAACAUGACUCUCGUCAGGAACGCUUCGUCGAUCGGCGCAUAUUGCUUGGACGGAAGUUCGCCGGCGUAUCAUUUUGACAGGGGAUUUGGGGCGGGCGCGCGCAACUGGCUCUUGCAAUUUGAGGGCGGAGGGUGGUGCAACGACGUCAAAUCCUGCCUUGGCAGAGCCUCUACUCGCCGUGGAUCCACUCUUCACAUGUCUAAGGUUGAGGUUUUUUCCGGCAUUUUGAGCAACAACGCCUCCUUCAACCCUGAUUUUUACAACUGGAACCGUGUAAAGCUAAGAUACUGCGAUGGUGCCUCCUUUGCUGGGGAUGCUGUAUUUGAUAAUGGAACAUCAUUGCUUUAUUUCAGAGGCCAGAGAAUAUGGAAAGCAAUCAUUCAUGAUCUUCUCCCCAAAGGCUUAGGCCAAGCAAGAAAGGCUUUGCUAUCUGGUUGCUCUGCCGGGGGCUUGGCCACCUUCGUGCAUUGUGACGACUUCACUAGCUAUUUGCCAGCAAAUGCAAGUGUCAAAUGUCUAAGCGAUGCUGGCUUUUUUCUUGAUGCACGAGACAUUGCUAUGAACCACAGCAUGCGAUAUUUCUACAAAAGCCUCGUUUCUCUGCAGGGCGUGGAAAAGAACCUGAAUAAGAACUGCACGAGUUCUGGUUAUCCCGAACUAUGCUUCUUCCCACAAUACGUUUUGCCAUACAUCAAGAUGCCCUAUUUCAUCUUGAACACGGCUUAUGAUGUGUAUCAAUUUCAUCACAUUUUGGUGCCUCCGGCUGCUGAUCCCCACGGCCACUGGUACCGUUGCAAGCUUAACCCGAAAGAUUGUAACGCAGUCCAGAUUGCUACUUUGCAAGGAUUCAGGAGAUACAUGCUUGAAACGCUGCGGCCUUUUUACAUGAACUCAACAAGUGGAGGGAUGUUUAUAAACUCGUGUUUUGCUCAUUGCCAGAGUGAAUCACAGGACACCUGGUUCGCACUCGACUCUCCAAGAGUACACAAUAAGACCAUCGCACAAGCUGUUGGUGAUUGGUACUUCAGCAGAAGGAUAAGCAAGGAGAUAGACUGUGCAUAUCCUUGUGAUAGUAGCUGCCAUAAUCAGUUGAGCUGAUAUGUAGAUUUUGGAAUUCUUGUAUACAAAGAAGCAGCAUAUAUACAAGGGUAUUCUUUAUCUUCAAGGAAGCAGCUUGGACACAUUCAAAUUUAGGCCUUGUAGCAUAUACUUAUACUACAGAUUAAUUGUUGGUGUCACCUCUUCUUUGUAACCCCCUCCACAUUGGAGGGAAGAAGCAAGACACUAAAGAUGAUUGGGAAAUUAAUAUCAAUAAUUAUUUGCUAAUUUGAGGAAGUGAACUUCGAUUAUAGUUGGUGGUGGAUCCAUUUAAGCCCUACCAAAAUGCCACCUUUUUCUUAUAGUUGUUAUGCUUACUUGUAGACUUGUAGUCAUAUCCUGAAUUCGUUAUAGUAUUGUAUUUCUGAAUUCAAUUAUGUAGAGAAGUUGUAAAUGUCACGCGAGUAUUAAUUUGGUAUGGUUGUCCAUAGCUGGAUAAAUUAUUUUUCUUUAAA